UGGGAUCCAGGGGGAGAAGCUCAAGUGCCUUUUCCAUUAUUUCCGUGCCAUGAGCUUGAAGAAACCCGAAGACGAGACCCCGUGACUUUCCACCGGCAUUUUAUACCUUAUCAAUCGCUCCCGGAUUGGCACAAAUCAAAAAAGCAACUCACCGAAUUGCACAUUAACGCCAAAGGCACGAUCGAAGACGACGGUUUUGGGAUGCUCCAGGUAGACUUUGCCAAUGCAUUGGUUGGGGGGGGUGUCCUGGGCCAUGGUUGCGUCCAGGAGGAGAUUCGGUUCUUGAUCUCGCCGGAACUGAUCUUGUCUCGCCUUUUCACUGAAGGCUCCAGUGGAAAUGAAUGUCUGGUUGUGACCGUCGAGCGGUUUUCCAAAUACUCGGGUUACGCCAGUUCCUUCAAGUUUGAUGGCUUACCAGACGACACGCCCAUCGACAAGGGCUCAAAGCACCGUAAGACGCGAAUGGUUGCCAUCGACGCCUUCCCCCGGGACAUUCCUCGAGUCAGUAUUCACACAAAAUGUGCAACGAGAGCUGAAUAAGGCAUUUGUGGGCUUUAAGAAUUACAAGUAAGUCGCAUAUGAGGGUUAAUUUGAAAAAGUAAUUGGAAUUUAAAACUUAAAAGAUGUAUGACUUGUUUUUGGGACCAAAAGCAGUAAUAAUCAUGUUGAAAUAGUGAAGAACAUGCAUGACAUGAUUGAUUGAGAGGAUGUAAUGGCUAUUACAAUUUUGAUCCGUUUAGUGCGUUUGAAAAGUUGUGAUAAUCAUCCUCAAUUUGUUAGAACAGUAAAAUCACGGAGAGCUUGAAUGAAUUGUGCA